GGUGUCUAUGUCCAGACGGAAAGGCAGUCGCUUCGUGACGCUCGUGUUAAACGGUUCAACGACGUGAAAUAUAAAAGGCCUCUGUGAUUCAUUUUAUGGCCAUGGCAUUGGAUUCGAUUUUACCUGUUCUUUUCUUCGCCUGCCUCUGCUGUGCAAGUAUGGCCGCCCUAUCCCCGGAUCCGCGAGAUUUUUUUGCCGACAAAAUCAAGGGAAAUCUGACGAAAAUCACGUGGGCGCAUGCGGUUAAUAGCAAAAAGGAACUUGCUGCUGCACUUGCUGAUGAGAAAAUAAUGAUGAUAGAGGCUGAUAUUUCAAUGGGCACCGUGCAUGGAAAUCCUAAUGCCACCGUUCCAAUUAUGGUACAUCCGCCAGCCAACGAAAGUGAUUUAUCACUGGCUGAUUUUCUGAACACAACUCUAAAAAAUCCCACUCGCGGUAUCAAAUUGGACUUCAAAACGAUCGAGGCAUUCAAAGAGAGUCUCCCAAUUCUAAAAAACAAUCGUGACGAAAUGGUGGUGCCGGUGAUGCUUAAUGCUGAUAUUCUACCGGGGCCAUUUUCUGACGAUAAACCGGUAAAUCCGGAUGAAUUUCUGCGGGGGGCCAAGGAACACUUCCCGGAGAGCAUACUCUCCGUUGGAUGGAAAACACAAUCUGGAGCCCUACCAGCCAACUUCAAAGGCAGCUACACUAAGGAACACAUCAUGAACAUGAUAGAUACAUUAUCGAGAAACAACAUCUCUCAGACGGUAACUUUCCCCGUGAGAGCAGCCCUUGCAGCGAAUGAUAUUGUCGUCAUGCAAGACCUCGUCAAGAAGACCAACAAUUAUAAAUCCACCCUCACAGUUUGGUCCGCUAAUGCGGAUUUCGUGGAUAGUCAAAAUGUGUCGACUUUGAUUAAAACAGUUGAAGUUGAAAAGACUUACGUGGAUGUGCCAGAAAGCGUCUGGAAGGAUCUAUCACUCGGUUCUUCAGCAACAUCUUCACUCGCGUCUGUAACUCUGUUGGCUGCUGGGGUCUUCAUUUCCACCUUUGGCUUUUCCAAUUUCGUGUAAAAUUUGAUUGUGGAGAUUGGCGUCAUCAUUCCUAUUUAUCUUCAGAAUCUUCAGAAUUCCAAAUAAUCUCAACAAUAUUCUUUUUGCACGAGCAUGUCCAAAAUUUUUUUUGUAAUGAGGUUUGUUUCAGAUGGUUUGAAGAUCUUGUUUUGUUGGAAAUGAAGAGAAGACGGGAGGUAUCAAUAAAUCACGUGCAUUUGUCGUUUUGAAAUCUUUCAGGCAUCUAAAUAAUCUCGAUCAUAUUCUUCUAAUGUAAUUAAUCUUAAGAUUUUUUUUGUAAUAAAAGGUUCGUCUCGAAUUGA